AUGGCGUUCCGAGGUGCGCUGCUGCAGCUUAUGGAGGCGGAGAAGGGCUUUAACGUCUUGGCGCCUGAUGCUAAGCUCAUGCUUCCGCCGCGAUUGACCUCUGUAAAUGAGAAUUUAUUAACCCAGUGGAGUCAGCAAAAGUUAGUGGUGAUGGACUCUGUUACGCACAAGUUACAUCAGGUGGCACGCUUGGCCACAGUGAGAUUGCAGCGCGAGGAGAAAUCGUUGCUGUGGGGUGUCAGAUCCACUUUUGGACCUCCUAAAAGCCGCACAGUGGGUAGUGCGCCUCUUGAAAGGUACUCGUACCCUCCCCAGUCUGUUAUAAUGCCGCACGAGAUCACGGCUGAUGCCAAACACAAGAAUACUCCGCUUUUUGUGGCAUCCACCAGUUUGUCUGCUCAGAUAGACGCGUCUUCAGAACCCACAACUGGGACUACCGAAAUUGCUUUUACGCGUAUGCAGCAGUACGCACUGACACAAAGAUCAGUCAUGAUGGAGCUGGAAAUUAUACAAGAAGCUAAAAAGCGGAGUGGGGAGGAAAGAAUUCGGCUGCAAGUGGCGUCCAGCAAGGCAAAGAAACGCCAAGAGCGGGAGGUGAUUGACAAGCUUGAGAAGCCAAACAAGAAUCCGAAGCAAAUUCAGAUCAAGAAUAAGCCGAAGAUCAUGGCUGCUACGCCUGCAAACAAAAUAAUUUGCGUCUUGUGUCGCAUGCAAAGGAUGAAUGAGGGGCCAGCGUUCUCGAAACAUCCGUUUGUGCUUAAGGACGGAAAAGGUGAAGUGGUGUAUAUUUGCAAAGUGUGUUUGCAACACGUGCUACAGAAGCGGUUGUCGGCGCCACCAGUGGCGAAAAAGGGUAUAAUGGAUGUUUAUUGUGGUUUGUGCGCUCGAUUGACGGAAGAUCUGCCUACUAAGUCAUUCAAAGUAUGCACUCAUAAACUCUGUACGCGGGUGUACUGCUUGCCCUGUAUCGAUAAAUUGAUUGGUAGAGCACAGUCACACAAGGUGUGGCGGACCAAAAACUGGUUGUGUCCAAAUUGCUCAAUAGAUAACGACAAUGCUUCAUCUGCUAGAAACGAGACGAUUGGAGCUAUAUCCUCUGUAGUAACAUCUCCGACGACAUCAACAAAGAUAAAGAAGCGAAAGCGAUGCCAUAGGAUCGACGAUCACACUACAGCGGAAACAGACGAGCCGGAACCUUCCGAACUAGCCGAAGUUACAUCUGGAAUGGAGCCGAUUGAUUAUGCAGUGAUGUAUUUUAAGUUCUUGUUAAAGCGUGAAAUGAAGGCUCAAUUUGUAGAAUCGGAAGACGUGUGUUUCUGCUGCAAGGAUGGUGGGGAUGUGAUCGAGUGUGACUGGAAAGGAAUGAAUGGUGCAUUUGCGCGAUGUCCGAAGGUGUACCAUGAAGAAUGUCUGGGCUACGAAGUGCCGGAUGGAAAGACUUGGGUGUGUCCACGUCACCGCUGCCAGGAUUGCGGUAUCAUUGCCCAGUACUCUUGUCGCUUUUGUGUCACAUCGUACUGCGAGGAGCACUUAUCGAAAGAGGUUCAAAUGCUGGGAACCGCGACGAGUGACAUACCUACGUCAACGUACAUCAUGUGCAUCAGAUGCAAUAAUCAAGCUCGUGACGCUCUAAGACAAAAAAAGAUUGUGCCAAACUUGUUUUCACAGCUUUUGCGCCAGCAAGCUCAUAAGCUACGGAAAGGAUAG